AUCUUGGUCCUUGAGCUAGUAUACACAAAGUAUUCAAAAUCAGAACUUGAAUUGCAUUGAACGUUAAUUUGUUCUCGCUGCUGACUGGAAAAAAGAAGAAGAUUGUUCACAAGACUUGACCAUGCACUCAUAUAGUGGUUAUUUGUAAAUCUGUUGGAUAACAAGAUAUAAAGUUGCUUAUCCGAUUUGGGGAAGACAUCUGUGGACAAAUUGAUAAUUUGGGGAAGACAUCGUGUAUAUUUCUUUACAUGCAUUGCUAAUGAUUUCAAAGAAAAAAAAUGGUUUGGCUGGAAUCAGAAAUAAAAAUAUUGGAGCAACGUGAUAAAGGACUUAGAAAAUAACAUAGAUGAGAUUAAACGAAUUAACAAAAAAGGCAGAGAAAUUUGACAAAAUGGAACCUCAUCGCCGUCUUCCGGAUGUAGAACGUUUCACAUCUACAAAUUACAUUUCUUUUCAAAGUAGAGAGUCAAAAUACAAAGAUUUGCUGGAGGCACUAGAAGAUGACAACAACUAUAUGAUCGCAUUGCAAGGGAUGGGGGGCAGCGGAAAAACUACAUUGGCCAAAGUAGUGGGUAGAGAACUAAAGAAAAAUAAACAAUUCGCUCAUGUAAUCGCUACAACUGUGUCGUUUGAUCCUAAUACAAAAAGAAUUCAAGAUGAUAUUGCCGGACCUUUAGGAUUAAAAUUGGACAAAAUUCAUGAAUCAGAACGACCCAAAAAACUAAGGAAUAGAUUAACAAAUGGUAAUAAAAUUCUACUAAUAUUGGAUGAUGUGUGGGAUCGAGUCUUGCCUAUUGAUUUUGAUCUAAUAGGAAUUCCAAAAAAAACCAAUCACAAAGGUUGCAGACUUCUUAUAACCACACGCAGUAAACGAAUUUUCAAUAUAAUGGGUUGUGAUAGGAUGAUUGAAUUGGAGCUCUUAUCUGAAGAAGAAGCAUGGGACAUGUUCAAAAUGUAUGCCGGUAUAAGCAAUAGUUCUUCAGAAAGUUUGAUCACUAAGGGACGUCAAAUUACUAAAGAAUGCAAACAUUUACCUGUUGCAAUUGCAGUUAUCGCUAGUAGUUUAAGGGGCCAACAAUAUCGUAAGCACACAUGGGAUGCUACCUUAAAAUCCUUGAAGAACCCUGUCCUCAUGGACGAUGUUCAUAAAGAAAAGGUUGAAAUUUAUAAAUGUUUGAAGUUUAGCUAUGAUUUUAUGAAGGAUGAAAAAGCCAUGCGAUUAUUCCUCUUAUCAUCUGUAUUCCCAAAAGGUGAAGACAUCCCUCUUGAAUUUCUAACUAGACUUGGCAUUGGAACGGGCCUUUUCGGGGAAGAUUAUGGCAAAUACGAUGAUGCUCGAGAUGAAGUUGUUGUAGCCAAAAAUAAACUCAUAGAUUCUUGUUUGUUGAUGGAGGUUGGUGAUAAAUAUGUAAGAAUGCAUGAUUUUGUUCGUGAAGUGGCUCAUUGGAUAGCAAAUAAAGAGAUUCAAAGUGUAAAUUUGUCCAACAAAGAUACAAAAUCAUCACUUGAAAAGGAAAUGAAUGUUAAAUAUUUAUUUUUUAAAGGGAAUGACAUGGAUUUGUUUUCCUCUAGGUAUGAUGGUUCGAAACUUGGUAUUCUAAUUGUCGACAUGGAAAUAGUUGAAGACUGUAAAAGUAUAGAAGUCCCAAAUUCAUUCUUUGAAAAUAUUGGUAAGCUUCGAGUUUUGUGCUUUUUAGGUCAUGAAAAUCAACCCCUAUUAGUACCAGAUUCAAUUCGCUCAUUGGCAAAUAUUCGAUCUAUAUUGGUUGAUGGAGUUGAUUUAGGUGACAUCUCUGUAUUGGGAAAUCUACAAAGUCUUGAGACUCUUGAUUUGGUUGAAUGCAAAAUCAAUGAAUUGCCACACGAAAUUGCAAUGUUGGGGAAAUUAAAAUUGUUAAACUUGGAAGAAUGUGAAAUUAGAAGGAAUAAUCCAUUUGAGGUUAUUGAAAGAUGCUCAACACUUGAAGAGUUGUACUUCAUAGAUAGCUUUAAUGAUUUUUGUGGAGAAAUAACCUUACCCGAGUUACAAAGGUAUCGUAUCCGUAAAGGGUGGAGUGUGAUGGAUGAUUCACUAUCAAAAUAUGUGUCUUUUGAGGCAGGUAAUGAUGAAUGUUUUUUUUCAAAAGAAACAUUCAAGUAUUGCAUGCAAACAACAAAGGGUCUUCAACUAAAUGGAAUAAAGGAGGGAUGGAAAAAUCUCAUUCCCGAGAUUGUUUCUAACGGUAUGAAUGAUCUUGUUGAGCUUCGUUUGACACGUAUUUCACUUUUAAAGUGUCUGAUUAGCACUAUUCAUUCUGAAGUACCAAAUACAUUGUCCAAAUUGGUUGUACUAAAACUGGAUACAAUGGAAAAUUUGGUAGAACUGUUCAAUGGCUCCAUUUCUGUUGACUUUUUGAAGAGUUUAAAGAAACUAUCGAUAAAGAAUUGUAAAAUGUUUCGAAGAUUGUUUAAUUGCACACUUAAUUUCUGCAAUCUAAGGAGUGUGACACUGCAGAAAUGCCCAAUGUUGAUUAGCCUCUCUCCAUUAUUAACUUCUCGGAACAUCGUGCUGCUAGAGAAGUUGAAAAUAGCUGAUUUUGAGGGAUUGGACAACAAAGUAAUAGAUGACAAUAAUAAAGAUGACAAGAGUCAUGGACCAAUGUUUCCAAAACUAAGAGUUCUUGACAUUGAUCGAUGUCACCGAUUAGAAUCAAUAUUCCACUCCCUAUCUUUUCAAGAUCUUCCAGCACUAGAAAAUAUCAACAUAAAGAGAUGUGAUGAGCUAAAGCAUAUACUUGGCCAAAACCAACAUGUAGAACGCAAUUCACUAAAAGAAAUAAAUCUGUUUGAAUUACCAAAUUUCAUGAGUAUUUUUCCAAGAUAUUCUCAUUCUAUGUCUUCCCGAGUGAAUGAGUCCUCUUCAACUUCUAGAAGUGGUUCCAAGGUACACAAAAAAGUGGACACUAUCAAAUGCAAUAUCUUCUCUUUGACAUCUUGUCAUGGUUAUAGACGCAAACUUGGGAGUAUUUCAACUACUAAAACCCCAUCGACUCAUAAGGAUCCACUGCAGAACAACUCAACAGCAUCAACAUCAGUAUCAAGUUCACACCGUCUUCAAAUAUGGGAAAGUGUACAAUGUUUUCAAGUGCAAUCGAGUUUCCUGUGCAAUGUAAAAGAGAUUACGCUUUCUUAUAUUUCGAAUAUAACAUCGGUGCUUAUCCUGUCUUUUGCUCCAACAAUGUUGGUGGAAACUUUGACGAUUAGGAAUUGUCAUAAAUUGAAGCACAUAAUAGUAGACAUUGAAGAUGAUGAAAGUGCUGACAAGAAUUGGGGUAAUGUGUUCCCAAAAUUGAAAAUGCUUGACGUUCGAGAUUGCGAGCAAUUGAAAUACGUAUUUGGACACUACACUGAUGGACAUCCAAACCACCAUGAGAUUCACUUUCAUCUUCCAGCACUACAACGUCUCGAACUUUACAAUCUUCCCAAUUUAAUUGCCAUAUCUCCUAAACAAUAUUGCAUAAGAUUUCCACCUAUUAAAGAACUUAAAAUCACAGAAUACUCCAAGGAUGCUAUCAAACCUAAUGAUGAAUUCGGUAAAUAUCAGUCCGAUUCAAAAUUUGUGCAUAAUGCAAUCAUGAAGGUAUCAAUUUCUCAUGAUCUUCAGCUAGGGGAACCUUCUCAGUGCCUUCCUGUACAAUCAAACAUCUUGUGCAAUGUAAUAGGGAUUACGCUGUUUGGUAUUUCAAAGAUAAAAUCUGUGUUUAAGAUUUCUAUUACUCCAAGAUUGUUGGUGGAAUCUUUAAGAAUUGAGAACUGUGAUGAAUUGAAGCAAAUAACAGUAGAUAUUGGAGAUGAUAAAAAUGGUGGAAAUAUUUGGAGAAAUAUCUUCCCAAAAUUGGAAAGACUUUGCAUUAUAAAUUGCAUGAAAUUGGAAUACAUAUUUGGAAACUACACUGAUGAUCAUCCUGGCCACAAUAAGAUUCCACUUCAUCUUCCAGCAUUACAAUAUCUCGAACUUUGCAAUCUACCAAGUUUAGUCUCCGUGUGUCCUAAACAAUAUUGCACACCAUUUCCACAUUUAAAAGAACUUAUACUCAAAGAUUGCUCUCUGGAUACUACAAUCACAAAGUUCCUUUAUAUAUGGGAGCAUGCUCAAUACCUACCACUACCAUCAAACAUCAUGUGCUAUAUAAAAGAGAUUACUCUGUCUGGUUUUUCGAAGAUAAAAUCUGUGUGUAUGCUUUCUUUUGCUUCAAGAAUGUUGGUGGAAACUUUGAGAAUUGAGCAUUGUGAUGAACUAAAGCACAUAAUAGUAGGCACAGGAGAUGAUGAAAGUGGUGGCAAUAAUCGGGACAACGUCUUCCCAAAAUUGGAAACACUUUAUGUUCAAAAUUGCAGGAAAUUGGAAUACAUAUUUGGACACUACACUGAAGACCAUUCAAACCACAAUGAGAUUCGUCUUCAUCUUCCAGCACUACAAUGUCUCAGACUUUGUGCUCUGCCAAGUUUAGUAGCCAUGAGCGGUAAACAAUAUGACGUAACAUUUUCUCCUUUGAAAGAAUUUGAACUUGUGGAAUGCUCUUUGGAUAAUACAAUCAUAAAGGAUUUGAGUGGGAGCUUGGAACAUUUUAUUGCUUUUGAAAGUCUCAAGGUACAUAACUCCAUAGCAGAAAAAAAAAAUUUGUCUCAAUGAAUUAGAAAGACAUCCAA